AUGGCUAAACUCGCAACCAUCUCUGUUGCUUUCCUUCUCUUCCUGGCGUUAUCGCACGCCGCGCCGGCCGAAAAACCGGCGCAGAAAGAGGAUCUUGAGGCCCCCGCGGAAAAGGGGGACCUCAAGGCCGCGGCCUCGCACUGGGGCGGGUGGGGCGGCUACGGGGGCCACUGGGGUGGCUACGGCGGCUACGGCGGCUACGGCGGCUACGGCGGCUACGGCGGCUACGGCGGCUACGGCGGCUACGGCGGCUGGCCGUACUACGGUAGCUACUACAGUUGGCCGAGCUACGGGUACGGAUACGGAUACGGAUGGCCGUACGGCGGAUACGGGUGGGGAUACGGACACCAUGGCUAUUGGUGGUAGAGUAAAAUAAGGUUAUAGUGUGCAAUAUUCUAAACAACGAAUUGAACAUGGAUACAAGGUUUUAAGGUUUUUGUCACCACCAAUGUCACAC